CAACAACAUUUGGAAAAAGUCAAGGGGUGUGAAUACUUUCUUAAGGCACUGUACUUAUCUGAGAAUAUUUCUAUUUCGUUUUUUGGUACAUUAUUUAUUUCUGUCAUACAAUCUCGCUUCAAGGACUUCAUCAGCAAAUAUACUAUAUGCAAACGUUUAUGUUAGUAUGAUGAAUAAAUCAUUGCAUAUUUUCAGCUGCCUUGAGCCUGGAGUCACUGAGGAAGGACUCUACUGAUUCACCUAUUGGCAAAAAAAAAACAGCUUUACAACACCAGCUUUACAACAUCCGCUUUACAACACCAGCUUUUACAACACCAGCUUUACAACAUCCGCUUUACAAUACCAGCUUUACAAUAUUCUCCCCCUUCUUUUCCCUCCAGGAACUUCUCAGUGAUUGAUCCACUCUCACGUUUAGACAUGUGUACCUGAAGCCAAAGAAGAGGCUAGCUACUAACAUACUGAGUCACUGUGUCAAAAAGACUGCAUGUCUGUGCCUGUUCACUCUCUACUUCCCACUGUGUUACUCUCUCUCUCCCUCUCCCUCUCUCUCUUUCUGUUUCUCACUGUGGUUGGUUCAUGUCAAUGGCAGACAUUUCAUUUGGCUUAGGAUUACUCUGACAUAUUGACAGACCAGGAUUCAGUUUCAGGGGAUGUGAGAUCUUUCAUUAACUGCUGUUCUUUUGACAAGAAGAGUUGACAAUAAUUCAACACAGCACCAUGAGUGAGUUAGUAGAAUCCACAUCGUCAUCAUCAUCAUCAUCAUCAUCACACCCUGUGGACAAAGACCAGUCAGGCUCCUGCCCUGCUGCCACAGCCCCUCGCAGAACAGUCCGGCUCCAGGAGAGACGGGGAUCCAAUGUGUCCCUGGUACUGGGCGUGAGCAGUCUCAGUCUGGAAGCAGUGGAGACCCUAUGCUCCAUCUCCACUCCCAGAGAGACCAUCCUCCACCUGCUGAGGACCUCAACACGCCCUCUGACCCCCUCUCAGCUGCAGGAGGCAUCUGAAGAGACCAGCAGGCUGAACUCAGAGUACCAGAAAAUUCCUACAAACUUUGUGAACCCUUCAGAGCUGGAUAUUCCAGGACGGGCUUUAAAAGACAGAUACAAGACCAUACUGCCAAAUCCUGAGACCCGUGUGUGUCUGAGGAACCCCGCAGCAGAGGAGGCGGGUGAGACUGAGAGAUACAUCAACGCAAACUACAUAAAGGGUUACAACGGUGCACCUAGCACCUACAUCGCUACCCAGGGCCCCAUGCUCAACACCGUGCAUGACUUCUGGGAAAUGGUGUGGCAGGAGAGAUCCACCACCAUUGUCAUGAUCACCAAGCUGAAGGAGAAGAAGGAGAAGUGUGAGCUUUACUGGCCAGAGAAGGAGGGCAGCUAUGGCAGAUUUGAGCUCAGAGUGGCCAUUGCGAAAGAAUGUGAUGGCUACACAAUUCGAGACAUAAUUAUUCAGGUGGGCUCAGAGAGCAGGCAGGUGAGGCACUACUGGUACUCUACAUGGCCAGACCACCAGACUCCAGACUGCACUGGGCCUCUGCUCAGACUGGUGGCGGACGUGGAGGAACACAGGCAGUCCCACCCCAGCCUAGGAACCACCAUCGUCCAUUGCAGUGCAGGGAUUGGGAGAACAGGUUGUUUCAUCGCCAGCAGCAUUGGAUGCCUGCAAUUAAAACACACCAGUAAGGCUGACGUGCUUGGAAUCGUCUGCAAGCUACGCCUCGACAGGGGUGGUAUGAUACAGACCAGUGAGCAGUACCAGUUCCUGUACCUCACCCUGGCCCAGUACAGCCGACAGCUGGUGAACACAGACUGUGGCUCAGAGAGCCCUGUCCCUGUCCCUGUCCCUGUCCAGACCGGCAGUACUACAGGAGAAACGCGGUGACAGAGAAAGCCCAGCUGAAGCUUUGUCUUUCUGUAUGGGAGAACAAGCUUCUGGAACUCUGUCUUUCUGCAUGGGAGAACAAGAUUCUGGAAUUCUGUCUUUCUGUAUGGGAGAACAAGAUUCUGGAAUUCUGUCUUUCUGUAUGGGAGAACAAGAUUCUGGAAUUCUGUCUUUCUGUAUGGGAGAACAAGAUUCUGGAAUUCUGUCUUUCUGUAUGGGAGAACAAGAUUCUGGAAUUCCGUCUUUCUGUAUGGGAGAACAAGAUUCUGGAAUUCCGUCUUUCUGUAUGGGAGAACAAGAUUCUGGAACUCUAUUUUUCUGUAUGGGAGAACAAGAUUCUAGAAUUCUAUCUUUCUGCAUGGGAGAACAAGCUUCUGGAACUCUGCUCAUGUGCUGUCUGUGGCAAUCUCAUCCCCUUGACUGUGACAGUUAUUGUGUCACGUCCUGACCAUAGAAAGCUGUUAUUUUCUAUGGUAGAGUAGGUCAGGGCGUGACAGGGUUUUUUUUGUAGUUUAGUUUUUCUAUGUUGUUAUGUUCUAGUUUUGUAUUUCUAUGUUGGGUUUUUGUUUGGGAUGAUCUCCAAUUAGAGGCAGUUGGUCAUUGUUGUCUCUAAUUGGAGAUCAUACUUAAGUGGGUGUUUUUCCCACCUGGGUUUGUGGGAGAUGGUUUUUGAGUGAGUGUAUGUUUCACCUCUGCGUCACGUUUUUUUUGUUCUUUGGUUUAUGUGUAUGUAUUGCAUAGUUUCACAGUGAAAAUAAAAUGUGGAACGACACACACUGCACUUUGGUCCGCUUCUCCUUACGACAACUGUGACAGUUAUUGUAGCAUUUUUAUGCGCGCAUUGGACUGGUUGGAGUUGUAUUGAAAUUCAUGAAUAAUGAUUUUGUCCAUAUUUGCUACCCUGAUAAUAAAUAUGUUAUGCCCUUGGCUUUAAUUAA